UGAAUAGAAUACCUGUUACUUUUUGACUUCAUUAUACGGGUAGUGUAUUUAAAAUUAGAAUAUACAGAAUGCUGUUUUACAAGUGAGAUAAUGUGCGAAAACAAAUUAGUAGAAAUUUCGAGAAUGGAGGCUCCACGUGUAACCAAAGUUGAGAAAAAUUUCACGAAUGUUUGUGGAGAUCCUUUGCCACGCAUUAUCGAUGCACGUUCUGUUAAUCGCGUCAGCUCACAUGGAGUGGGUGAUCUUACAGUUCUGGUUAAUGCCAGCUGGAAUUUGAAGCAACAACAACAACAACAGAAACAUCAACAACAACAACACCAAAAUUAUGUGAAUCCCUGUACUUUUAAACUUGAUCAUCCAAAAUACAAGCCUGAUAUUAAUUCUAAUUUUUCUCAGGAUAAGAGAGAAAACUUUUCACGUUAUUGGCAACACCUCCCUCCAGCUCAACAACAGCGAAGAUAUCAUGCAGAUGAUAAUAACUCCAAGUGUUUCAUGAGUGGGUUAAAUCUUGGAGGAAGGUUAAAUCCAGUAAUACAAGGAGAUUAUAAAACCUCUAGAGAUGCAUGUGCAAAAUAUUUGGGACAAGACUACUGUUCUUUCGUUCAACGAAAAAAGUACUUGCAGAAUUUAAAUGACUCGUAUCCGGCCAACCAUAUUCCUCGAAUAGAACAUCCUCCUCAAUUCGAACAUACCCCUCGACUUGAACAUUCAUCCCGACUAGAACAUACCCCUUGGCUUGAUUACUCUCCUCGAAUUAAACAGUCUCCUUUAAUUACACACCUCUCUCAUCUUGAACGUCAUGAAGACUAUUCGAAGACUAAACGAUUCCAGCAUUAUAUGACCAUGUCAAAAGUUAAGCAACAUUGCGUACAAGGGUGGGUAAAAAAUGUUCCUCCUCAUAAUACUUUACCUGGUCAAUACAACCACAUGCAAUAUGCACAUGGCAAUAACAAACAUGUUGUACUUAAUGAUGCUCCAGUUGUUAGCAGUGUACCACUUCGUUACCAAACUCCUUGCCAAAUCAUUUCACCGCGACAGCCUGAAGAAGCAGGAAUCAAACUGUACCAGCGCAAUUACCAAAGUGAAUUACAACGAUUAAGAGUGUUAGCAGAUAGUCUAAGUAACGCACAGUCAAAUAUUCGUGACUUCAAUGUGAAAAAGGCUGAUAAUUUGAAAAAUGAUCAUCCCCAGUCCCCUGACAGCGGCCGUGGAAGUAUUGAUGAUAUGCUUAACCUUUUGGCAGCAGAUAUAGAUAAUGAGACGGAAAUGUGGGUGAAACCUUCGAAACGUGAUUUGUCUCCAGUCAAACAAAACGAUGAUUCAGCAACAAGGAGAAAAAUGGAAAUUUCAUCAGUUGAGAAUGAUCAUAUUAAAAAGUUGAAUGGCAAGCCACAAAAGAACUACCCACGAAUCAAAUAUUCCAAACCAUACUCCUCCCACCCCAAUAAAAACUCUUGGAUCAGUUCGAAGAUUAAAUCCUCCAAACUCUAUAAAGAAAAUUGGACGGCGAACUCAGAACCCGACACAGAGAAUGACAUGCCUGGGGAUUCUGCUGAACAUUUAUCGGAUACUGACAACAACAGUUACUAUGAUGAUGACGACGAUAUGUCGGUACACUCGUUAAAAAUUAAGGAAGAAUGUACGCUUGAUGAUGACGAUGAUAAUGAUGAAGUUGUCGACUUGACGGCUCCAAAUAAAAAGUUGAAAAAAUAUUGGGAGUUGGAAAGUGAAAUAACUUGUAUAUAAACUGAUGAAGUUCUUGUUUUAUCUCGGUUUUAUACAUAUUUUUUUAGUACACUCAUCUUAUACAUCCAACAGUUCUCUGUUUACGUUAUUUUUUCAAGUUUCUUACUUUUUAUAUAUAUGUUAAACAUGUUGUUCUUGUUAAAAACGUCUUUGUAUAAUCUUUCUCGCCUUUUCUUUAUUCAAUUCGGCAUUUGAUCCUGUCGUCGUUGAGUGGAAGACGUAUGUCGGCUUUUGUACGGUACAACGUGCCGUGUCUCUCGUGUAGCAAUGCUGACCUCAUUAAAUAAAGAAACAAAGAUCAAACUAUCUAGUUUUCAACGUUCGCGGAUAGUAGGUAACGGUUUUUCUGACGCUUCUACGGUGUUUGGUGCAUGCGCAGCGAGUUCUGGACUUAGGGAGGAGACGAGUUUGAAAUAACCCAAUCGAGAUUGAAAUACCGGUUAGACAAGACGUCUAAAGGUCUCUCGAAGACCAAAUGCAUGUGAUAUUUGCAAUGUCUUCCGUCAGAAACAAUUUAGUAAAAGAGAUAACAAAAACAGUGGCAGCAACGGUUAAUCGUGCGUGCCAAAGAGAAAUCUAAAAAGAGGAGUAAAAUCGAACAUUCAGCUUACAAGAGAAAUACUCAAUGUCAAAUCUCUGCGCAAUAUGCGCGGCAGCUUCACUUCAAUCCCCCCCCCCCCCUCCCAGAGUUAAUUAAUCACUUAAUGCUAACACGUGGACAAAUAUGCGCCAAAUACCGAUGCGGAAAUAUGUACGACGGGCGAAAAUCUGCGGACCUGCGAACACGUGUAUUCUUCCACGGGCUAACGAAAUUCAUGCAGCUGGUGUGCCGCAGCACAGUUCGCCUCUCCCGUAAGGUAAACAUGCGAUAACAUAUUUUACACAGAAAAGCCUAGUUCAGUUAAGAAACCCAUUGUACAAUAAACUUUAACAAUAUAUGUUCUGGUCGCUUAAUGCUAGGAGUCUCAGUGCCGCCAAUUUAAAAACAAGCGACUUUCGAAACAUUAAACUUUAAACUCGAUAUAACAUAUACAUUUUUCUUUAAUUUGUGUUCUUGUAAUGACGUAUAUUUGUGGUUUCUCAUGCGCAGCAUUCUCAAAACGAAAAACAUUUUGCAUUCAAAUUUAACUUGAAGCAUUGAAAAGUUAGCGUCUACCAAAAGCGCUGAAGAAAAUAGCUUUUCUGUAUAAUAGCUUUUCUGUAUAGUUUCUUUUAUUAUGUUAGACAAUACGUUGUAUUUUGAUUGGUUUAUUUUACGGCGCAUGCGUUAAUGUAAAAACGUUGUAAACUCUGAAACAGCGUGGUUAGACCCGCGAAGAAUUUAAUAAAAACAGACAGA